AUGAAAAACUUUAAUAACAAAAAGAAUAAUGUGUAAGCACUUUCCGCAUAAAAUCUAAAAAAUUAAAAAUAGAAAUAAUAAAAAAUAAUUAUGGACAUUAAAUGUGCAAAAUAAUUAUAUAAAAUCUAGUUUUUAAAUAAAUUUAAAAAUAAAAAAAUUCUAUUCUUGGUUUAAAAUUAAGAUUAAAGGUUAAGUAUUUUAAUAAAAGAAAAUCAUUUUAUGAACUUUUUAUAGAGCCUUGGACUUUUUAAAUAAAAAAAAAAGAAACCUGUCAAGAAGAUGGCCAUAUAGAAUAAAAUCUAGAAAUAAGAAAUUUCUAAAAAAAUGAAAAAGAAUAAGAAAUAUCUGACUUUGACGUAAUUUUAUAAUUAAUAAAUUUAUAUAAUUCAUUAAAUAUAAACUUAAGUACCUCAUUUAUAGAAACAGCAUAUGAAGCAUUUAAUAUAUACACAGAGAAAUACAAAAGUAAAGAAGAUCCUUAUAAAAUUCAAAAUAAUACUGGAUAUGGUCUAAUAUAUACAUUAAAAGAAGAUGAAAAUAAACUUCCUAUAUAAGAUUUAUUAUAAUAAUUUAUAAAAAGAGGUAAAGAGAAAUCUAUAUGUCCUCCAGAAAUUGAGAAAAGGAAUAAACAAAAUAAAUGUUUUUGCAUAAAUUUUAAUAUAUUAAAAGAAUAAAAAUAUCUUUAAAUUAAAAAACUUGAAUAAGAGCAUUAUACUUCAAUUGCAAAAGACUUAAAUAAUUAAAUUCAUUUUUAAUAUUUGAAGUCUUCUAAAACUAAAUAAAACACAGAAUAAUCUCUCAAUUUCUCAUAAGACUACGAUUAUAGCUUUUAAUCUCUUUUUUCUAAAGAAAAAUCCUUUUCCUAAAAUCCCUCCUAAAAAUAUCCAAAAAAAAGCUAAAAAAUCAUAAUUUCGAACCUCUCCGAAUACCGCGCAAUCAAAAAUAUUUCACUAGACUCUGUGGGUAAAUAUUUCUUAUAAUUAGAGAAGCUUUCUGAUGAUAACCUAAAAAAAAACGAGGAGAAUAUAGACUAAAAGAUGCAAAUUUAACAGUAAAAAAAAUACUUAUAUCCUUCCUUUUAGGAAUACUUAGCCAUAGAUAUUCGCAUAGACCAAUCUGAUGGGUCAAAGAUAAUUAAUUUAAGUUCCACUAUAUCCUUUAUAAACAAUCUAGACUGUAAAAUCAAACUUCCAUUAUUAAAUUCUGCAGAAAUAAUGAAAUAAAGUGUUCAAAAUUUGACGAAAAACCGUUUUGAUUUACAGAAAUUUUUAAUAUAAAAUCCGUAAGAAAUUUCUUCAAAAAUAAAGCAUUUUUUCAUUAGCAAAAACAAUUCUUUUGAAAUACCUCUUUUUUAUUUACAAAACAAAUCCCUAAUAUCAUUCUCUUUCCCAAAAUAAAAUGAAAAAAAUGAAUAUUUUUACGAUUUAGAGACUUUAAUUAGAAAAAAAGACUACUAAAAUGACUAUUUUAUAGAUAAAAAUGGAAAGAAAUAUAUAAAUAAAUAAGAUUUUUUAAUAUAAACUGGAUAAAAUAUGAAUUUCCUAUUAA